CCGCUAUUUUCACCGUCACAACAAAAUGGAUCUGGCUUCUCAAGAAGAACCGAAACACAUUAAGAAAAAAGGCAAGCGUUCCUGCACGAUCUGCGGGAAUCAUGGAAUCCGAUCAAACCUGAAAGGUCACAAACGGCUCUGUCCGUUUUUGAAUUGCUACUGUGAGCUAUGUGUCAAGGGACGCGAACAUAGGGGUGUUACGAGAAAGCAAGUUUACCUUCGGCGACAACAGAUGAAAGCUAUAGAAAAGAGUAAUACUCGUUGCAUUUCAACCGCUGUCGAACCAAUUCAAGUGAGUAUCUCUCCCGCAGAAUCACCUUUCAAUGAAAAACAUAACACCAUAUUUGAUGAAAAUGAAAAGACAGCAAAAAAUGGAAGCGGAGGAUUGAUUCAGAGCGUGUCGAAAAUAUUGAAUUCCCAGUUUGGAGUUCCCAGACAUCACCCAUUCAACUACAGGGCUUGCUUACCUACACCUACACCUUUAUACCAGCUUCCAUGGAGUGUAGGAGAAAUUUACACGGGUGGCUUCCAUCAAAACAACUGGCAGGGAUCUGAAACUGAGACAUCCUGCUUCUCCGUGAUGGAACCUCUACCCUGCACUAAUUUUACCGUUUCGGAUAACAGUGCCUUCGUGAAAUACAACAGUGUUUCCCCAAGAAUGGAGAUCAACUCUUUCAGAUUUGGUCUCAGUGAAUCCUUUGAAACUGCCGCUGUUUUGACGCCAUUUGCUGGAAUCAGAAGCAUGGAAAACCGAGAUAUGAAAGAUAAAACAUUUUUGAUCCAUACUUGUCCUAACUGACUACUUUCAUUACUUUUGGUUCGUGUCGGCUUUGAAUCUCACUGGAAAAAUUCAACCACAGUGUCUUCAGAUCUGAUUUUAAUCCCGUUAGAUAUUGUUUCUAUAGAAACGGUCUCAAUAUUGAAUAUUUGUUUUCGACAUGUUUAACUUUUUGGCUUUUUUUUUUUUCUUAAUAGGAUAAU